AUGUCUGAAUAUUUGAUGUUAGUAUUAAAUAUAAUUAUUUUCACAUUGAUUAUAUUUACUCCUAAUUCUUAUAAUAUCGAUAUAGAAUAUUACAAUGACGAAGACAAUUUAAACGAUUCGUAUCAAAUCGAUUCUAGUGAAGAAAAUGCUCGAAGAACAGUUGGAUCCAAUAAUUUGUCAAACGUAAAAAUUUUAACACUUUCAAAUGCUAUUAGUAAUUCGUCUAGUAAUUUGGACUGUACUGAAAGUAAUAUUGAAAGAGACGGUAUAAAAUUUCCUUAUAAAAUUGCAAAAGCUGUAGUCCCGCUUAAUGUCUCCGCUAUUAGUGACAAUACGGAUAACAUUCAUAUUUUAAAAAACAAUGUCAAAGUUCUUCCGAUAACUCCAAAGUCUAUGACUAAUUUAAAGACAUUCAAAGAAUAUGAUUACAAGUAUGAUUAUGAAGAAGAUGUAUAUCAAAUAUUACGUCUUCAAUCAUCAUCCGAUACAGCGAAUAAAAAAAAUGAAAAGUAUAUGUAUAGUAACGAUACACCGAACGGACGAUUUUUUAACUUAGAACCAGCAGUCGAUUUUGAAAGUAGUCUAAAAAUAAGCAAGAAUAUCGCCGACGAUAAUGUAUGGUACGUGCCUCAGGAGUUUCCUUGUUGGGAGCUGCCUAUUUUAUAUGGUGAAUUGGGUACUAAGAAGAAGAAGUCUGACGUUUUUUUGAUAUAUGGUGGAAAUUUAAUAAACGUCAUAGAUCCCUGGACUAAAGUACAGUCAAAGUUUAAACCGUCUGAUCCUUUAAUGUCUCACUCUAUAAACAAAUGGUGCGAAGUAGAGCCCUGCUAUGGCGACCAUACCCUUUGUUUGUUUUCAAAUAACGAUAUAUCAAAUAUAUGUGAUAAAAAUUUUAAGGUACUUGUGCCUUCUAUUUUAGAUCAAUUAACUAUAAUUAGUACAAUAAAUGCGAUGCGUAAUAGAGUCGCUAAUGGUUUAGCUAAAAGAUAUUCACAUCUACCUACCGCCGCAAACAUGAAACAAAUCACAUAUGAUUAUGAUCUUGAAAGAAUGGCCGAAGCCUGGCUCAGCCAGUGCUUACCAGGAGCCGCUCCAUGUUCCGCCCUUGAUGGGCAUCUAGUUUCUCAAUUAGAAUGUACGAAAUAUAUGAAGUACUGCUGUUUACGAGUGUCGAAAACGAUGUCACAUUGCACACCCAGAGCAGAGUGUUUCAUUUAUCCUAUUGUUGGAUGUCUCCAUAUUUGGUUUUCUAGUGCAGGAGAAAAAUUAAUUGAAACAGAUAUUCACUGCGGUCGUACUACAGUAAAAACUUUCAAUACAGUCCAACUACUUUGGGCCAAAACGAGUAAAAUUGGCUGUGCCUAUGGCGAAAGAUCCAACGGCGAUGUUAGAAUUGUUUGUAACUUUUCUCCAGGUGCACCGUUUUAUUUGCAAACGAAGUUAUUCUGUGGCUUGAUUGGGCACAACGAUAUAGAAUUUCUGCGCAAUAAUGAAAAUAUUACAAAUUCUACAUUUUUGUCUUCUUUAGGAAUAAAAUGGAACAGUGUUUUAAAAAAGACACGAAUAAAUAAUUCUCUAAACAAUGUAUUAGAUCUUAAAGGGAAAUCAUUCCAUGCAACAACGAAAUCAAAGUCUAUUUGGGGCGUGGACAGUUUGGCUAAAAUAUACGAACGUGGUUGGGUAAGAAAACAACUUGACGAUUAUGAAAAUGGAACUAGAGGCAUGGUCGCCCGUUUGGUGGCCAGAUAUAAAUUUAUCGAUGAAAGCGAGUCAAGAUGUGACUCAGACGAGUCUAUAUAUGAGGUUGGGAGUCCAGGAUCUAUGUGUUUACAAAGAAGCAGGACUUUCCAUGCCUUAUGCUAUGAUUUCCGAGAUCCAACAACUGGAUACAGAAUCAUUGCCAUAGCUGCACCUAUUGUUCUUUUUUCAUUAAUAUUGUAUGAUUUAUUUAGUGGCGUAGUAAGGCAAACUAUAUAUUGAGUAAUUAUUAAAAUGUUUAGACAUUUAAAUACAUCUUUGAGUGACUAAACUUACACAUACAG